GAGAAAACUUUGCUCAUGCCUUUUUAGAUAGGUUAUCCAUGCUUCUCAUCGCUGCGCCGACAAGAGCGAAACUCAUAAUCGAACUUUAAAAGACCGAAGUCGAGCGAACAGCGCGAGGUUGAGUUAUGGCGGAAGAUUUCAUCGAGCUUGGCAUUGAGGGGAUUGAUAAAUUGGUCGACAAGCAUUUCCAUAAGCUGCCAGACAAGUAUACGAAUCCACAUACGUAUGAUCCUCGCAGAAAGCUUAGUCGCAGGCGCGGGUCUGGCGAAGAGAGCGACGAGGAAUCGACAAGGGUUGUAGAUGAACAAGAAAAGGAUACUGGUCCUCCCUAUAACGAUGCUGCAUAUAUUACGGACCCAAAAGACAUAAGAGACCCGGGAUAUCCAGGGAAUUCAAGAGAUCCACGAGACCCAAGAGAAUCGUAUUAUCCUAAUCGGCCGCCGGAGCCAAGAUCACUUCAGGAUCCGUCAAUAUAUUCAAGCAGGGGCUACGAGUAUCUCGUUCCUCCACCUCCACCAAACUCGGAUCCAAGCCGUCAGGAUAUUAGACAAAGGCCGAGGAGAGAAGCUUUGGUUAGAAGAAGUAGUUCCCAGCCAGGAUCACUCAGGGAGAGCGACAGGAGGAAGAGAGGAGAGGGAAGCGAAAGAGAGAGAGGCCAAAGGGAGAGGAGAAGACGGAGGAGUUUCAGUGAUGAGCGAAGACGUGAUAGGGGGCCAUCUGGAGGAAAUGGGAAUGGUGGAGGUCAGAACAAGACCGAAAAAGUUAUGUUGACUUUACUUGGAGCUGCGGUGGGAGGCUUGGCAGCAAGUGCGGCAGCCGGCGCAGUUAUGGAUAGGCUGGACAAGAAGAGUGGAAAAGGGGAUGACAUAAGAGUUGGUGGGAGGGCGAAGACUCAAGAACAUACUCGUGGCAGUAGAGAUAAAGGACAAGGAGUGAAAGGGGGAGGGAAGAGAUGAAAAAUAAUAGUAACACUGGUUCAGAAGUCAGAAUACGAUAUGAACAUGCGAUGCUUCCCAGAAACCACAAGCACCUACCAGUUAUUCUUUGGAUAGGCACAGGAUUUGCGGCCAGCAGGCGAGGAAUUUGUACAUAAUCAGCCUGAGGUAGCAGUUUCUCUAGCUUUCAAUGUUCGCGCGAUUAAAGACU